CUCUCGUUCCAGAAUCACAGGCAGGCGCGUGCGUCACCGUGCGCUGAGAGUGACUGCUGACUAGCGGCGUCUCGAGGCAACAUGUCCACGGCAGCAGCUCAGCAGAACAACAACGAAGAACCGGGACUUAACGGCUCCUGGGUUGAGUUAGAGAUGAACGGUAACUCCACUUCCUCCUCCCAGCUGCUGCAGGCCUCGGCCCAUAGCAACGCCCCUAGCAACGCCCUUAGCACCGCCCCUAGCAACGCCCUUAGCAACGCCCCUAGCAACCCACACCCUGACAACGGUAACCAUGCUGACCUGGACCAGACCACGCCCCCCGUGGUGCAACCGGAAGGGGCGGGGCUUACAGCCGGACUGGAGGUGGUACAGGAAGAGGAGUUCUUGAGGGGUCUAGAGCACGUGCCCUCCUCCUCCUCGAUCCACAACGGCGACAUGGAAAAGAUCCUGCUGGACGCUCAACAUGAAUCCAGCCCGAGCAGCUCCUCCUGCAACAGUCCUCCUCGGCCCCACAGUCCAGAUCAGGAUGAUGGACAGAUCACUUUUGACGUCGACAUGUCAAGUAGAGAGAGCCAGUCUGAUGAGGAUGCUCGUGAGGAAGACCUCCUGAUGAAUAAGGGAGACUGGGUGGCAGACUGGAGCAGCCGACCUGAAAACAUCCCACCCAAGGAGUUCCAUUUCCGCCACCCUCGUCGCUCGGUGUCGCUGAGCAUGCGGAACACUGGCGUGAUGAAAAGGGGCGGAGUCUUCUCAGCGGACUUCCUGAAAGUCUUCAUCCCCUCAAUACUGCUGUCGCACAUACUGGCCCUCGGACUCGGGGUCUACAUUGGGAAGAGAUUGGCCACGCCUUCCACCAGCUCCUUCUAAACGACAAGAAACGACAGAACAGAAAACGACAAGAAACGACAGAACAGAAAACGACAGAACACAAAACGACUGAACAGAACUGAACAGUGCCUGGACAUUCUCGCUCCCUCUCUCUUACACACACACACACACACAGACACACACACACACACACACACACACACACCUCCUUGCAUGCAUACACACUCACACACACGCACACACACGUUAGCACCUGGACAUUCAGCUGUGGCCAUUGAGCCUCUCCAUUGUCUCAACACACACACACACACACACACACACACACACACUCACACACACACACACACACACACACACACACACACACACUCACACUCAAACACAUGCACACCACAC